AUGACGACUUGGGAAAUCACCACUACCAGCGACAAAUCGCUAAUUGACCUCUGCUACAAAGCCCAAAAGGACAGGGGCCUCAUCGGCGGGCGUGUGGGCGGAACCCAGGUCAUCAAGGUCUCGGACCAAAUCGCGGUGAACAUCGUUCACGUCCCGAAAGUCUACCGUCAUGUUGUAUCGAAUACGGAUGAUCGCAUAGGGUACCUCUUUAUGGAAUACAUACCGGGCCAAAACCUAGAGAAGAUGUCGACCUCGAAGCAAACAAGGACCUUGCACCGCGAAUAG